AACAAAACACCCUAUAUGAUCACAACAGAGAUUCAAAUGCACCUGCCGGAAUCGGUGAGCGGCAACAUCAAUCGAGUCCCCAUAUGGUAGUUGAACAAGCUUUUCCGGCUCCAAGGUCUUGAUCAAACCUGAUGCUCUAUCCCCCUGGACCAGGAUGGAUCUCUUGGCAGACGACCUGCAUCGAAGGAUCCAGGUGGCUAGGGCCCUGGCUAGCUUCCUGCUUAGUCAUCUAGUCCGGCCUAAUUGCUUACCCUCUUUAGGACCUCGGCCUUCCUCUCUUGCCUUGUCUGUGUCUUCGGUCUCGUGGCACUAUUAGCAUGGAUUCAUCCGCACGCUGGCAUAGGUCAGACUGCCGAAAUCCGACAGUCAUCGCCGACGAUGGCGUACCUCGCUGUCUGAGUUGUCAUGAAAGUUCUGCCACCGCGGUCGCCCAGCUCGUUGCCCAGACCUAUGGGAAAGCGGGCCAAAUUGACUUGCCCGUGGAGGCACCGUUGGGAGAAUCCAACUUCUGGUGGCCUCCAUGUGUCCCAUAUAAAGACCCCCAAGGGGAGAUCAGCCAGGCUCCCAGGGCCAGUGAUGACGGAGCAGGAUCUAGCAACCUCUUUAGAACAGGCUCCGCGUUGAGCUCGGCUUCAACCAUCUACCCUUUGUCUUUGGAUUCAGGCCAUUUCAGAAUCAUAUGUCUCACCGCAUCCAAUCACACUUCGUCGCCAAUCCACAUCAACCUAGAACAAUAUAGCCUUGACGACUGCCCAGAAUACGAGACGAUUUCCUACCUUUGGGGAGGGGAAGAAGGCGAUUCGACUCUAUGCGAGCCAGUCUACGUUGGUAUUUUCUGGGACAUUGUCCUAGUUACGAAGAAUUGCUCGGCUGUGCUGCAUUAUCUGCGCCCUCCGAGAGGCUGCAGGUUUAUAUGGCUGGAUGCCAUCUGCAUAAAUCAAGCCGACGAGACCGAGAAGCCAGCCCAAAUCUCAAAUAUGUCCGAGAUUUACAGAAAUUGCCAGCGUGUUGUGGCAUACUUUGGGAGCGACCUGAUCUCUGAACCCCCCAAACGUGCAUUUCGGCAGCGCGUGGACUUUCAACAGUCGGCGUUCUCCAGUGGCAAGCUUUCAGACCGUAAAGAUCACUGUGAAAGAUUUCUCAAGGGUUGCGCGAAAAAAUCCGGUUUGAGUCAGGAGCAGCUCCUUCAAAGACGAUAUUUGACUCGAGUGUGGAUUGUACAAGAGCUUCUGCUCUCGAAGAAGGCCUUGUUUCCCCUUGGAGACUCAGAUGUCAUCUGCGAUGUCACUUUUCCACCUUUUGAAGGCCACUUCUCAUUGUCACGCGAGUGACCCUCGAGACAGGGUUUAUGGCCUCUUGGGUCUAUUUGAGCCGCAAGACGCCUCGCUGAAAAUUGUUCCGAAUUACUCCCUGUCCUGGAGGGAUUGCUGGGUGGGGACCUGUGCCUACAUGCUUCUUGUGGAGGGGAAUAUGUCAAUGCUCGCCG